ACUGCAAAGUAACGUUAUUAUUCUCCUGUCAAGCUUUACUUUUCAAACAUUUCUAAACUUUUAUUUUGAUUAAUUGUUACAAUUUAUUCAUUUACAUCAAAAGUAAGUAAAAGUUAUUUCAACAAGUAGAUAUGGCGAUAGUAAUUCACCAAGUUUUGAAAAUUGGAAAAUUUUCAUUAUUACCUGUAACCUAUAAACAGAAUUAUCACUGAAUUCACGUGCGUGCACUGUAUCAAAAUAUACAAUAGUUUUUAAUGUUAUUGCAGUACGUGUAUGAUUUUUAUUGUUUUGCAACGAAAGAAAAUAAGAAAGUGAAUUGAAAUUUGAAGCAAAAUGUCCGAUGUCGAGACUUCAUUCUACAACGAGGAUGUAUUAAAAGAAAAGUCGUCACCGGUUGACAAUAAAAUUCCACGAUCUCCCGCCGUUGCUGCCUAUGAAUCGUAUGCUGCUUGGAGAAAGAAAAAAUUCCCCCCGAAAGCUCUGGACUACAAUGCAGAAGAUUACGUUCCACCUUCCGCAAAAAAUGCCAACGAAAAUUACUCAACUCAGCGGCAAUCGGAUUUUGAUUCCAAAAAAUCGUCAUAUUUUCCCACCGACGAUGAAAAUCCUGCAAACCACAAUCAACCGGAUUCAAGGUUACCACCGAGAUCGUCCUAUUUUUCCCCAGACUUGGAAAAUUUACACGUCCCGCAGAAAGUGCAGGAAAGACGAUCUUUUCCGUCGCACGAAAAUCGGGAAAAAUAUAAUCCGAAUUUGUUUCAAGGAAACGGAUCUACGGUCCAAUUGAAUUCUAACGCUGCUCGAAGAUCUUUUCCAGAGAACAGAAUUUCUAGGGAAGCUGAAAAUUGUUUGAAAUUGUAUUCUUCAUCGCCGUCGGAUUCGCGGCAGAGGAGUGUUUCUACUCCUCGUAGACCUUCGCAAUUUCCCGCUGGUUCGAAGAGGUCGGAAGGUCAGAGGGAAGUGAAGAGCGGAAUUCCGGUGGAAUACAGUCGUCGAGCGAGUCCGAACGCGAACGCUUUACAACCGGUUCGAUGUCAGGAAUACAGACCUUUUCCGACUCACUCGACAUGUCCGGUCGAUCACAGGAGUCGUGAUUCAGAGAGUGGAGAAAUGGUCAAAGGCCUCUUGAAAUUGAUCGACAAUCAGAACGAGCAAAUAAAGAACCUUCAGUCGCAGCUCGAUCGCCUGCUGUCGAUUCACGAGGAAACUUUAAAGGACCGAGCGAAGUGCAUGUGCUCAAUGGAGAUUUCUCGACAGAAUCCUCAGAUUUGCAUGCAAGCUUACAACGCCGCUCUGCAGAGGAAGAGCGCAAUAACGGACAGUUACUCCCAUCACGAUUUGGCGAAAUUUCCCGAAUUCAAUCAAGGGACGACGAGCGAUGCUUCGAAGAAGGCCCUGAUGGAGAGGAAAGUUUCCAUCGGCGUCAUGACCAGUUUCGAACUGACGGUUCAAAACAGUCCCUUUAAUAAUGAGGCGGAAAGUCAGCCGAUAGAAGAAGAAGAAACCUACCAGGAAAUUGCGAAUCCUCAAGAUAUUUCCAAGAGGAAACCGAAUCUCUUUUCCCGAAUGCCGAGCGCUUUGGAGAACAUUACCGAAGACUCGGAGAGUCAUCUGUCCUCUAGUCAGCAGCCGAGCAGCAAUUGUUUAUCUUCCUGCAAAGGCGGAAACACUCAGACUCGCAAAAGCACUUCUCCUAAUAAUAACCCUCAAAAUACUGCAAAUGUGUUUAGUCACUACAGUCGCUCGAACAGUCCCAACAAUUUGAAAAGAGCAAACACCCCCCAAUCUGAAAGUAACUUCCGGAAACCGGACAGGACAGAACUUACCCCUGGACAAAAGCAAGGACAAAGUAGGACAAAAGUAGGGACGCAGGAAAUGAAAAGCUCCUCACCGACAGUCGCUUCUGAUCAGGAUGAGGAAAACUACAGGGAGAAGGAAGGAGCUCUCCUACGGCAGAGGAGAUUCGACUCGAGGGAGAUUGAGAACAAAGACAACUUCCAGGAAGAAAGCUUGGUUCUGGGGGAAGAACAAGUCCAGGGAGAUCGCUCUCCUCCGAGUCCGGCGCCGAGCAUUCACAUCGACAUGCAGGACUUCUCGAGUGAAGAGGGCAGCGUCCUCACGAAACGAACCCCUAGGGUCGGGUGGACCUUCUACAACAAUGUCCUGGGACAGGUGAAUCACAUUCUGCAGAAUUCUCCUCUACAGGAUCCGCACCAGGAUCCUCGCAACAAGAAGGCUCCGCAGUUGCAGGAGCUGGAUAAUAAUCUUUUAAUCGACACUGUGAAAGCUGCGACGAUGGAUCAGUUGACGAAGCUGGGAAUCAGUUUUGCAGACAAUGAGAGAGAAGCAAACGCUAAUAAAAAAGUAACUUUCGACACUUCAUAUUACUCUCGGCUGAAUCCGGAAAUAAACAUGGUGCAAGGUUCGAGUAUCAUGACAGAAACGAGCACGAGCAUGCACAUGAAAGCCCUGGCCAUGAAAUAUUUGAAGGAGGAGCAAAUUUCUGAUGCAGUGCAACAGAAACAAAAGCGAGAUGCGUUAUCGAAUCUGAUGGUCAGUAAUGUUCAGGGCACCACUAACAUGUCCUUCGCUACGAUGCGUUAUUUGCAGAGGUACCAGUUGCUCCCCGAGAGCAUGAAUGGCUUAGUAGAAGAUGAAGGUAAGGAGAAUUUCCAAGCGCACGAUAUUGGAAAGAAUCGGGAAGCAAUGCCACAGAAGCCACGAAUAAACUUACCGAGUCGACCGGCAAUUGCACCGGUAACAAGACCAAAUUGUCCCAGCAAAAUUUUGGACAUUUCGACACUGAAACAGCAGCCGAAACUUUUAUGAAACAAGUGAUAAUGACAAGACUUUAACUUUAUUUUAUUACUCACAUAAUAUAUAUUCUUUUUUGUACAAUAGAUCAAAUUAAGUUAAGGUAGAAGUUAGUGAUUUUAAUUAUUUUACAAUAUUAAUAAAAGCUAAUAAUUAUUAUAA